AUGCAUGGAGGGUACGAUACUAAGAGUGCUGGACGAACUGGUGUGGGUGGAGAUACUACUCUUCCAUUUCCAUCUUCCAAUGAACUUCUUCCACCUCAGAAUCCCAAGGGGCGACUAUCCAGAGUAUACUGUACUCAUCCAAAUCCAUUCAACCCAGCUGAAGAUCCCACACUCGUAGCACCAUCCGCCGAACCCGCAACUCGGGUCCGAUAA